AUGUGUGACGGUGUGAUUGACGGAGAUGUAAAAUUCGACAUGCCAGAGGGAACGAUAUCGAGACAUCUUGGACAUCAUGCAGGUGAAAAUUGCUUCUUGCCGUUGAAAUACAGAACCGAACUCACAAAAUUGUACAAUGGUCUGCGUCUGUUCGUUGCCAGAGGUUUGCUGGAUGAAACCCACAAGAAACAUCUCAUGUAUGGUGUAAAAUAUGACUGUGGCUUGGAAGAAGUGGCUGGGAAAAUUAUACAUGGAGAAGACUUUGCUGAUCAUUAUGGCGUGAUCCGUUUCUCCAACGAAAAUCUCGGAAAUCUUUAUGGAUCGAUAAUUGACAGUUUCAAUGAGUUGCUCGACGAUAAAGAACAAAUGAAGCAGGCAGUUUAUCCACCACCUACGCGUUUUGGCUGCUAUUCUGAGAUUGAAUCUGGAAAGAAGCUCGUGAAUGCUGUAUGCGUCUACGAUUCAAAAUUGGCAAGAUUUUGUGCAGCUUGA